AUGCAGCAGCUGCGGCUCAUGCCCUUCCUUCUCCCCUUUCGCCUCCUUCUCAACACGUUGAUUAUGCUCCUUAUGAUCCUUAUGCUCCCUGUGCUCCCUCCCGGCCCUAGGCACCCCAUCCCGCCCCUCCUUAACCCCUCUUCUCUUCCCAACAGGAUGCCGAUGCUCCCUCUGUUCCCUCUGCGUCAACCCCACCGCCGUGGGACCCAUGCUCUCUCUGCUCUCUCCCAACCGCCCUCCUUCUCCCCAGCAGGCGAGGAGAAAACCGACGGGGAGUGCGACCCCAGCGGCGGCGUCAGCGCAUUUCCCUCAUGCCAACGCUCGCUCUCCCCCCGUUUGUCUCUCCCGCGCUCCUCCUUCCUCUCCUCCUUCCUCUCCCUCUCUCUGUCCCUCUCCCACGAGCCAGGAGACGUAAAGGAGGAGGAGGAGGAGGAGGAGGAGGAGGAGGAGGAGGAGGAGGAGGAGGAGGAGGAGGAGGAGGAGGAGGAGGAGGAGGAGGAGGAGGAGGAGGAGGAGGAGGAGGAGGAGGAGGAGGAGGAGGAGGAGGAGGAGGAGGAGGAGGAGGAGGAUGAUGCAAGCGGAGAUGGAGACGGGAGUGGGAAGGAGACAGGCACUGCUGUGAGAGUGACGGGGCCGUUCUCAUCCAUCGACUGUAUCCACCACAAAGGGGGGGACAAAGGGGAGAAGCGCGGGGAGAAAGAGGGCGGAAAAGGAACGCCUGGAAGGCGGAACUUCGGCGGACGCCUCGAUCCCGCGGAGGAGUCCUCGCGCGGGUCCCCGGGCGAGGGGAAAUCACCAUGCGCGCUAAUCCCCACGGCCUCCCCUGCUCCCGCGACUGCGCCUGGUGGCGGAGUGGCCUCCUCCUCUUCGUCCGCUUGA